AUGGAGUUCAGUUAUUUGUGUAAUGGCUUGAUAUGUAACGUCCUGAUUCAAGAUUCCGUCACCCGCAAAAGAUUGUCGACGGAAACGUACAGGACCAUACUGAAAUGUGCAAUUAAUGGUAAACCUGCCAAAGGAUUCUCCAUAUUACUAAGCGACAAAAAUGUUAAGAACAGAAAAUAUAACAUCGACACGCUAAUAGGUAUAUACACCGAGCAGGCGGACAAUGGCAUAUUUGCGCUUGGUUUCCAAAAUCCCAAGCAUGAUAUAAUGCUAAUUACUGACAACUCGGGCAUCGGUAAAUUAUUCGUGAAAACCCUGUUACGCGAUGUUAAACGGUUUAAUAUACAAUUAAGUUUGGACUUGAAGUACAAUCCAGGUGUUAACAACUAUUUGGGUCUGAAGCGUUUCGAUCGUAAUGCGCUAGACCUAGGCAACUUAAAUGUACUAAUUUUGGAAAAAUGUUUUCUACCUCCUUGGACUAAUUGUAUCGGCAAUUUGCCUAUUUCAUAUUUAAGUUUGACACACAGUACUCUAGGAAGUAAUAAAGACGAACAAGACGUCUUUUGGGAUUGGAUGUGUAUGGAUACCGUUGGUCAAACGUUAAAGAUAUUAGAAAUGAACAAAUGUGGUCUGAAAUCGGUACCGUUCGAAAUCUUGUACUUGAAAAAUCUGCACACUUUAUCCUUGGCCGAAAACCAAUUGGUAAGUUUAGAUACCUACUCACUUAAUAUUUAAUAGAUGAUUUAAUAUUUUUAUUUUUUUUUGACUGUUAGUCAAAAGACUGACAAAAUCAACACGUUUCAUUUAUAAGAUUUAUAAUACAUUUUUUUUUCCUAAAUUAUACAUUAAGGUACAUAUAAUAUAUCAAGUAUAUACAGAGUGAUUCAAAAUUUAUGUUAGGCUACAGUCAUUUUGUCAUAUCAGUAUUCAAAAUAGAAAUUAAUACACAAUAUAAAAGUUGUUUAUUUUAUACAAUUUCUUUUAAAUUCAUUACAAAUGUAAAAUGCAUUUUUUUUUUCUUACAGUAUUUUAGGGGUAUGUUUUGGGAGUCAACUUUUAAAAUUUUAAGAGAACCUAAACUUUAUUACAAAAAUAUCUUCACAUUAUUUUUGUAAUAAUUUUUAAUGGAAAAAUUAUAUUUUUUUUUUUUAAAACUCUAUGCUUGAUGGCAGUUUAAAAUUUUAGACAUUGUCUUUUCAAAAUUAGUAUGCCACAUUGUGUAAUUGCACACGGGCUACUUAUCGGUGUGCAAUUAAUAUGCAAUUUCUCUUUAAAUGGAUUUUAAACGUAGAAUUUUGAAUAAAUUAAUGUUAUUUAAUCAUUAAAAUGUAUAAAAAAAUAUCUCAAAAAUUGAUCCCCAAAACUCGCCUCAAAUACUGUAAAAAGUAGUUACCUACUAAUAAUUUUAGAUGUUUAUAAAUCAAAAAACUUUCAUGUUAUAUAUUUUUCCCUAUUUUGAAUAUUUAUUGUUUGAGAAAAAAUGAAGUAACAUACAUUUUGAAUCAUCCUGUGUUUAUGGGAUGAUUAAUUCAACAUUAUGUAUGAUGAACUUGAAACAUUUUUUUUUAGUUUUACAUAAUUUUUAGAUUGGGAGCAUAGGUAUCUAUUGGUUUUACUAUAUUGUGUUAUUUUUUUAUUUUAUUAUUUUUUUUUUUGUGUCUGUGAACAACUUUUCUACCAGAAACCUACCUCCGAAGUAUGGACUAUAGCAGAAUUUUUGAAAGAGAAUUUUCUCACAUUGGUGUAUUGAGGAGGUCAUUUUUCUGUUUUCUAAUGGGUUUUUGAAAUAAUCGGGAAAAACCCGAAAGAAAUAUGUAGGUAAAACGGGAAAUAUUUACAGCACAUCGCGGCGUUACUGUUUUCAUUGUUUUUAUUAUGUCAACGCGAUGUUUUCUAUCAGAAUUAUUGCUCAAGUUGAAAAAUGAAAAGUGACUGAUUUUGUUCAUUUUAAUAUUUCACCACUUUUUUCUUGGAGUGGUAUUUUAAGGAAGUAAUUUUUCGAUUUUCUCAGAAGUUUUCUCAUCAAAUAUAAAAAACCGAAAAAAAGGAAAAAAAACGGAAAAUGUACGAAAUUUAGAAGUUAGUUGAAAAAUAUUUCGGCCUUAUUUUUUUGCAAACAAUUUUUCUAUUAUCAAUUUUGCUCCAAUUUACAAUGAUACCACUUUUUCUGAAAAUAAAUCGGAAUGAGGAGGUACUUUAAGGUGAUAAUUUUUUGAUUUUCCGAAAAUGUUCCAAAUAAAUGGGAAAAAUCGAGAAAAACUGCAAAAAACGCAGGAAAAAUAGGGAAAUAGGUACAAUAUUAAUUAAAUAUUAUUAAAAAAAAAUAAAUAAUGCCUAUAUGUAAUUAUUUUAUCAUAAUUUGACAUACAUAUAUCGUUGACAAUGCAUCACUAUUAACUGAACUCCACUCUGAAUCGUUUUUUCGUUAUCAAUGGUUUAUCGUUAGUCACAGGUAUAUACCUGUCAAACAACAAUUGAAAUUUACCAUUAUUGUUCGUGUUAUUUUUUAAAACAACACAUUAUUUACAUUAUUUAUUGAGCAUUUUUUCGAAAUAUACGAAAUAUACAAAAUAUGCGAAAUAUAUUUAUGCCAAUACUCACUAUUAAUUAUUAUCUAAAAAUAAAAUAUAGAUUAAAUUCAAAAUCAACGCUCCCAAAUAGAAGAGCUCAACAUAAUUUCAAGUAGGUAUGCAAGUCAAAUAUUUUCUCUUACAUGAUCAUGUGUUAUAUUUUAUCUAUAAUCUACAUAAAUUACCUAAAUACGUAUAUACGUGUAUACGAUAGAAAAUAAUUUUCAAGUCAUUUGAGUUGAAUGUUUUCUACCAAAUUUCUGUAGUUUGUAGUUGUAUCUUAAAUGCCAGUGGCGUAUUUAUAACUUUUUUUUUUGAGGGGGGGGUGAAAAGUUUAUUACAUUAUGUAUUUAUAUAAUUUAAUGACAUAUAAAUAAUAUAAAAUGAAAUCAAGCUUUCUGUUCUUAUUUGCUAAAUCACUGAUCUCAAAUAAAUACAUUUUAUAAAAUUAUCAGCAUUCAAAUACACUUUAAAUGGUAUUGCAAUAGUGCACGUUUAUUAAAUAUUUCAAAUCUAUGCUUUUAACUAUCAAAUUUGCAUUUUACUAAAGCCCCAAAACUUUGGUUAUUAAUACCAGCAGCAGAUUUAGCAUAAGCAACAUAUACUUUACAAAAAGCACCAUCUUCCUUUGCCAAGUAAGCUAACCAAGGUAAAAGUGAUAGCCAAUUAAAUUGAAAUCUACUUGUCUGGCCUUUUUUAUUUUUAUCAUAAGUUUAUUUAUUAAUUCAAAAUUUAAAUCGGGUUUCUAAAGAUAAGUUAGAAUUUCAUUUAUUUAAACUGAUGUUAAAUUUCUUGAAGUAAAACAAUCUUUUAUAUUUAUAUUGUUAAUAUCUGGUGUAACAAGAAUAGUUGAAAUCACCUAGGCAAUUGAUGUUACAUCAGUUGACAUAGAAGAGAAAGAUAAAUAUUGUGUAUUAAUUUCCUUUCAAUAAAUAAAUUACUCGUGAAAUAAGUUAUAUAAAAACGUUAUAAAAAAAAAUCCCUGGGAAGGUGGAAACCCCUUCCCCAUCCGUAAAUAUGUCACUGCUUCAACGACAAUUUUUAUUUAAUUAUUUUAUAUAAUUAUAAUAGUUAAUGAGGAAAUUAAGUUGGGAGCACAGAUAAUGUAUAAAACAAAUAGAUAGUAGACUUUCGUAUUAUUAUUGUCGCCAAUAAAAUAUCCACCAUCCUUAUUUAAGAGGUGAAUUUUAAAUGGCUUAUUUAAGCCUUACUUAUGACUCACUUAUGUUUUAUAAUAUUUAUAAUGAACGAUGUUAUAAUAUUUAAAUAUUACCUAUGUAAUUAUGUGUUCCUUAAUUCAUCUAUGAUGGCAUCGAUGCCAUCGGUUUUGUUCCUUUUUAAAUCCGAAAAUCUCUGAUGGCAUCAAAGACGGCUUUAUUACUCAUCGUAUUUCCAAGUCGGUUGAUGAGAUGAGGUGGACUAGAUGCGUUUGUUAUCUUACUUUUUUUCUAUAGCUAUAGCCUAUAAUAGUUACAAUAUUUAAUUAUUAUUAUUAUAAUUUUAGGUUUCAUGAUAAUAUUGCUUAAAACAAUGUGCCUUUAAUAUUUCAUGGCGCCAUCAGUGAUGCCUCUGCCCAUGCCAUCAUAGAUAAAUUAAGGAACACAUGGUAUAUCAGUUGAAUUAGAUAACGAUUGGCAGCCAUUUUGUUGGAGACAUUAUUUAUAUAUAUAGACUAUAGGAUAUAGUCUUUGCAUAUAAAAUAUAAUAGCUAUAGUAUGUAGUAAUUGGCUAUCUAGUAUUUAUAUAUACAUAUAUAUGUGGUUUGGAGUACGAACUAAGAUAAUAUGAAGUGCUAACGGAAUCAAUAUCUAUGGUUGUGGUUGAAUUUUGAUGCGUAGUUUCUUAGUGGGGUAGGGCAUAAUAUCAAAAUGGUUUUUUUUUUGUAAUUUACAUUUACGGCGUAAAAUGAGAGACGGUGUUCGAGUAUUGACGGUGCUAAAGCAUACGUGAUUAAAAUUGUAUAUUGGUCAUUUUGUUUAUUGAGAAAAAGAUACCAAAAUAUUACUAAGAUCAUAUUUUCCUUUAACUAAAUUGAAAUAUGUUUUGUACCAUGAUGAUGAAUUGAAACCAAUACCAUAAUCCGGUUUACUCAGUGAAUUUCUUGAAUGUGUAGUGCCACUCACACACUUAUCAGAUUGCCCAUUUUCAAUAAAAAAAAAAAAAGGGUUCGGUCAAGUAGAUUCAUACGUCAUAUGUUUAUGAUGUUUGAUAAUUAAAUCGUUUUUUUUUUUUUUUUUGUUGUUUUUUUUUCUUAUGUUUAUUUUAGCGAUUUCUCUUAUCUUUGUCUAGACAUUCUAAAAUUUAUAUUUAGCUAUAUAAUACCACAUAAGUGUUCCUUGUAUGUUUAAUAUUAAGGUAGUUAUUUUAUAAACAUUUUUUGAAAACUAUUAGUAGGUAUAUUGAUGGAAACUUUUUUUUUUUCAGACUUGUAUACCUUAUUUCAUUGGUGAAUUAAAGAAUCUCGACAGCUUGUUCAUUAAUAAUAAUUCUAUAGCGUGUUUACCAAUAUGUUUAAACGAAAAAGGAUUUAAAGAUUUAAAUUAUUUCAACAAUGAAUUUGAUGAAAGUGAGAAGCUCGUGCCAAACAUGGAAAUCCAGAAUUUAGUUUCAAAGGAUGAAAUACGAUUCUUACGAAGAAAAGGAACCCAACCUCAUUAUUCAUUAUAUUAUUUAUCAUUAUUUACUAUGAUUAACAAUGGGAUAAAAAUAAGGAGAUCUAGUUUACCGCCCUGUCUAUAUAAAAAACUAAAAGACUAUGGUGAAAAUCUCGUCCGUUGUUAUCAUUGUUCGAAAUUAUUGAUACCCGAAUAUAGUUACAGUUGCUUUGAUCACAAAUUGAUUUACACAAGAAAUCUAAUCACUAAUAGUGCUUUAAAAUGGUUACAGUUUGAGUGUGUUUACAAAUGUACUUUUGGAAGUGACAUUAUAUACAAUUUGUAUUAAUAGUAAAAAUUAAAUAUUCAUUAUAGGUUAUAGAGUUUUAAUACAUAAUGUAGUACAGACAAUUUUAAAUGAAAUCAUAACUAUAGGCGUUUACUGACUUUGCUGGCAGGGGGCAGAAUAUAUAUUAUACAUUAUAUGUAAUAUAAUGGAAUAUUAUUUUGGUUAUUAAUUAUUACUUAUUAGUAGGGUUGCUGAAUUUUCCUAUAUAUAGUACCUAUAUACUAUAUUGUGUAUAGUUAGACUUCUACUUUGUCUUUAUACAUAAAUAUUAUAAAUUUAUACUAUUUAAUACUUAUGAUAUAGGGUGUCCCAUGAAGAUUUGACUAUUGCAAUAACUAGUUCAGUUUAAUAUUUUUAAUAUAUAUAUUUUUUUUUAUAUAUUUAUUAAACCCUUGCGCAUUGAUUAUUCUAUUUUAUAUUUGUAUACAUUUUUAAAAACUUAAAAUAAAUUUUAUAAAAUUCAAGGUAGCCAUUUUAUAAAUAUAUAUUUUAUGAGUGAAUUUUGGUGUUAUAAAUAUUUACUAAUGAUGAAUGGUUAAAUUUUUACAAUUAAUUUUUCAUGAGAAAAUUGUUGAAUCAACUGAUACUAUUUAAUAGUGGCAAUAAAAAUAAUUUUAUACUAUCUUAAAUUUCAAAAAAUAUUAUCAAUGAAUUCAAAAUAUUUUCCAUUUUGUAAAAACAAUUUUUCAAAUGUUUUAUUUUUAGUUUUAAAAAAUAUUUAAAAAAAUAAAAUAGAAUAAACAUGAUGCAAAUAUUUAAGAAUUAUAAAACAAAAUAAAGUUACAAAUAUUGAUCAGAACAAAUUUAUGGAAUCUUCAUGGGAUACUCUGUAUAAUAUGUUUUAUAUUGUUGUACAAUUUUACUCUUGCAUUACUCAAGUAUUGUAUUAUAAUAUUAUAGUUUUAUGUGUGCAUUUUUAAAAAUAAAACCUAGUAUUAAUAUUUUGAUAAAAUAAUUAUGCUAUAACUAUACAAUAUUAAUACCUUACAUGCUUAAAUAAUACUAUGAUAAGUUCAUUAUAAAUAGGUGCAAUAAUUAUGAUGUAUUUUAUUUGAGUUAUACUCAGGCCCAUCAUAAGAUAUUUUCCGCCUUACAGCGAAAAUUUUAUUGCAGUCUUUUUUUGACUAUUAUAUAAUUUGUUUUGCUGCUUCAAUUUUUUUAAAUGUUAAGCCGUUUUUAAGCAAUAAGCGUUGCUUGAAUUUAUUUUCGUAUUUAACUCAUGGGAUACAUGCUAUUAUCAAUUUUAAUAUUAAUUAUAUAUUGUAGAUUUUAAUGAAAUAAAAGUGUUAUUUUAUUUGUUAAAAGGUAGAAGUAAUGUGUAUUAUUGGUGUUAAGCUAAGAUUAGGAUUUAUUCACUUUAUCAAGUUUGAAAUUAACAUGUAAAUUUGCAAUUAUAUAAUCUGUUUACACAAAUUAGAUAUUAAGACUUGUUUCGGCAACUUCUAUAUUAAUAAUUUUUGUUUAAUAAUCUUAAAUUUCACUAUAUAAACUGAUCAUAGUAACUCUGCUAAAUAAAAACAUAAUUUUUUUGUAUAAUAGAAAAUAAUUCAAUAGAAAACCUAAGUAAAUAUUUAUUAUAUUUCUCUUAUUUUAAACUACUUUUUGCACUAUUAUAAUACAUUAUGUACUAAAUAUAGGUAAAUAAAUAAUCUAUAUUAUUAACAUUAGUUGAUUAUGCACUUAUUUAUGAGUAUAAUAGGUUUGUGUUUAAUAUUUUAAUAUUUUAGAGUAAAAAAAAGUAUACUGUAAAAAUAUUUCUAAAAAUUUUAGGAUCAAAAAUAAUUAAUAUUUUGGCCUUUCAUAACAUAUAUAACUGAACUCCCCUCAGAAUUUUUUUCGUUAGCAAAGAUUAAUUGUUGUGAAUAGAAUUCUCAUCUAUAAUAGUGGUCACCCAAUGAGUGAAAUUUGUCCAUAUUUCUUUUUUUGUAUUUGUAUGUAUGUGUAAGCCUAAUGUAUAAGGGUUGGAUAGUAUUUAAAAAACAUUUUUAAUAUUUGUUCUCACCGAUUAUAUUUUGUAAAUUUUCCUGUUUGAUUUUAAUAGUUAUUCGUAUAACUAUUAUUUUUUUUUUUUUAAUAAUAUAUUCUAUGUUAUCAUCUUAAAAUCAUUUUAUUACUGUUUAGUUUAAAAAUAAUUAGAAAAUGUGUAUUUUACAAUUUUCUUAAAAUAGUGUUUGAACGUUUUAUAUUUAAUAUUAUUAAUAUUUAUUAUAAAAUUCUGAGUAGAGUUAUAUUAUAUAUUAAAAUAUUAAAAAAAAAAAAAUCAUAAUUGUUUUAUUUUAUUGUCUUUAAAUUUGUAUUGCAUGUAAUAGUAAUAUUGACCUAUUUGAUUUAUUGAUAUGUAAUCUUUUAUUAAAUAUUUGAUUCUUACAAUAAAUAUUAUUAACUUAUACAAUUUACAAAAUGUGGAUUAUUCAAUAUAAAAUAUUACCUAAACAAGUCUACUAAAUUUUCAGUCCUAAUAAACUAAAAAUGAAAUACUUGAAAAGUUGAAAAAAAAAAAACCAAAAAAAAUGACAUAUUAUUUUAGAUAAAGAUGUGUUAUCAAUUUAACAAUACUUUAGUUUUAAAUAACUGUAUAACUUGUUUAAAUUUUAGAAAAAUAGUUUAAAUCUAUAAAAAAAAAAAAAGUGGACAUUUUAUUAUAGAUGGAUAUUUUGUAUAUCCUUUAAUAUUUAAUUACAAUACUUGUUUUACUUGUUACUGGCUAUUUAAUUUUAGUGAAGACCAAUAUAUAAAACGAAUAAAUAAAUGAUUUGAGCAACAAAUUUAAACCUUUAAUAAUAUAAUGGAUAAUCUAUAGUAUAAGGAAACAAAAAAGUAUUACUUAAUUUAAAUAGAACUGUUAAUCAUUGAAAACAAACAUUUAUUACUAUACCUAUAGGUAUUAAAACAGAUAACUAACUUUAUGCGUCUGUUAAUUGUAAGAAAAAUACAUCAGUUAUGUAUGCUGCAUUAUAUAUAACAUAUUUUUCUUGCAUUCAAAUUAUUGAGAAGACGUUACUUUACAUGGGGAGGGGAAGGUUUUCAAGAAUUAUAUGCCACUUUUUUUCUGUUGAUUACACAUUUAGUAGCAUAUAAUUUUUGAAAAACUUUUUAUUCCCUUCCCCCCCCCCGUAUAAAGUUAUUUGUCGAUAAUAUCUAUGCAAAAAAAAAUUGUAUGACAAUGUUUGAUAUCUUAUGUAAACAAAAUUCAAAAUAAACAUAAAAACCAAUGUAUUUUAAAUGUGAAACUUUUCCUCGUUCCAGGAGAAUGAAAGAAUUGUCCUAGAAAGUUCAAAUAAAGCUUAACAUUUUUAUUUUGUUUUUUAGAACGAAGUGAGGGGUGUCCAAAAAGAAAUGCCAUCAUCAUCCAAAUAA